AUGCCAACCUUAAGUCCCCAGCUAAUCCGGGAGCGUUUGAAGAAGUAUCAUGUCACCGAGGACCAGUUACGAAAAAUCGCAGAGACUAAAUUACGUCAAAAAUCACGGAUCUUAGAGCAGCAAAAAGACGAGAGAUUUAGAAACUGGGUGCGCCCAGCUCGUUGGCCUGUACCAGAUAGUGACGACCCUUCCACCAAUAGCAAGUAUCCCAGUCGCGGCAAACGAAAAUCGACUAUACCGCGCAAACGUCCAAGAUACACCGAAGACUCGUCAGACGAGAUGGAUGAGGACCAAGAUAUGCUGGACCAGUACGAUGAUGAUGAUGAUAUUGGAAAUGAUGACAAGGGGGAAGAUGAUGAAGGCCAUGAAGAUGAGGAUGUGGAAGACUCUGAAGGGGACGCUGACGAAGAGGUCUCUAAUAAAGAAGAAAGCCAAGAUCCUUGGAUUGUCAAGGAUGGAUCAGAUGAUGAUGAUGAUGAUAACUAUGUAGAGAUGGAUUGGGAUCCUAAUACCGUUGAAAUUUCUUCAGUUUCAGACGAGGACGAAGACGCCCAAGUGCCUUGGGACGACGACGAGGAUAUGGAUCUUGAUAUGAAUCAAGUUGUAGAAGAUUAA